AUGAAGAGGCUGAGGUUUGGCGAGGAGGCGGAGGUGGACGGCGCCGCCAUAGCCCAUGAGGUGAUGAUGCUGCUCGCCGCGCGGAGCGCCGCGAUGGGGGGCGGCGAGCCGGUGGCGGUGGCGCGGCCGCGCGCGUUCGAGUGCAAGACGUGCAACCGCCAGUUCCCGUCGUUCCAGGCGCUCGGCGGCCACCGCGCCAGCCACAAGCGGCCGCGGGGCGACCCGAUCAGCGAGCAGGCGCCGGCGCCGGCGCCGGUGCCCGCGAGGAGGCACGGGUGCACGGUGUGCGGCGUGGAGUUCGCGCUCGGGCAGGCGCUGGGCGGGCACAUGAGGCGCCACCGCGCCCACGAGCAGGAGGGGAGCACUCACGGGCCGGUAGUCGCCGAGCGGGAGCCCGGCGAGACAAGAAGGGGGCUGCUGCUGGGCUUGGACCUGAACGCUACUCCCGCUGAGCAGGCCAUGGACCUCUCUCUCUGGGCCUGA